AUGCGGAACGCCAAGGCAAUGCAAUCCGAGCUUAGUUGGACACAACAUCCUUUCCCUUUUCCCCACGUCAUUCCACCCCAACAGGCUAUACAGCAGUGCACCGCCAAAAUGUCACAAAGCCAUGCUCUUUCAGAUGAUCAGGUCGCGGGCGAGCUCCGCAAGAUGACCGCCUUCAUCAAGCAAGAAGCCCUUGAGAAAGCUCGAGAGAUCCAGUUGAAAGCCGACGAAGAAUUUGCGAUCGAAAAGUCGAAGCUGGUGCGCCAGGAAACUGCGGCCAUCGAUACCCUCUACGAGAAGAAGUUCAAGCAGGCCGCCAUGUCCCAGCAGAUCACUCGGUCCACACUUGCCAACAAGACCCGGCUCCGCGUGCUCGGUGGCCGUCAGGAGCUGCUUGAUGAGCUGUUCCAGAAUGCCCGUGAGAAGGUCUCCAAGGUGGCUGCCGACGACCAGAAGAAGUACCAGGCCAUGCUCAAGGGGCUGGUUCUCGAGGGCCUGUAUUAUCUGAACGAGGAUAACGUUGCGAUUCGCUCGCGGAAGAAGGACUUCGAUAUUACCAAGAAGGCUAUUGAGGAGGCGACCAAGGAGUAUAAGGACAAUGUUGGCUCCGAGGUGACCGUGACCUUGGACGAGUCGGAGCCGUUGCCAGAGGGAUCUGCUGGUGGUGUGUUUAUUGUCGGUGGACAAGGCAAGAUUGAGAUCAACAACACUUUCGAGGAGCGUCUGCGGCUGCUGGAAAUUGAUGCUCUCCCUGCAGUCCGAGAGACGCUCUUUGGCAAGAACCAGAACCGGAAAUUCUACGACUAAGUGUGCAUUGCUUGUUCUAUCUUGGUUUU